GCGGCGCGGCGAAUCCACCAAUAAAAUUUUGUUCGAAAUUUAAACGAAAUAUAAAUAGCCGAAAAUAUAAUUUUCGUAUUCAUUUAAAUUCAAGAUUUAUCGUUUAGGUACCUUGCACUUGCAUUUGAUAAAACAAUAAGGUGAACCAUGUGUGGUAUUUGGGCACUUUUCGGCAUCAAUGGAGAUGCAAAUACUGCAUGUUUUGAUUGUUUCUUCAAAAUUAAACACCGAGGACCAGAUGCCUGGAGAAUUGAGAGAGAUGCCAGAGAACCAAUGGCAACUUUGGGAUUCCACAGGCUGACAAUCGUUGAUACUUUACAUGGUAUGCAGCCGAUGAAAAUACACCAGUAUCCUCGGGUAACACUUAUCUGUAACGGUGAAAUAUACAACUGUAAGCGCUUACGUGAACAAUAUAACUUCUGUUAUGAAACCAGAUGUGACGUAGAAGCCGUUAUUCACUGUUACAAACACUUUAGCAUAGCUGAAGCGGUAAAAAAACUAGAUGGAGUGUUUGCUUUCUGCUUGGUUGACGGGGAAGCUAAAAAAAUAUAUCUCGCUAGGGAUCCCUAUGGAGUGAGGCCCCUGUUUAAGCUUCAAGAUGCAGAAAAUGGUGUUCUGGGGAUUUGUUCUGAAGCUAAAGGCCUGGUGGGUGUAAAACCGAAGUUGGGCCCGAAUGCCACCCUGGCCCAAUUUCCACCUGGCCAUAUUGAAGUAUGGGAUAUUCUAGAAAGUGGUAAGGUAAAACUUAACCGAACAGAACAAUACUUCAAACCAGGAUACCCACCCAGUUUCAAACCCUUUGUGUCUGAAGAUGAAUUAAAAGAUCUAGAUGUGUACCAAAAAACUGCCUAUUUGCUGGAAGCAGCCUGCAAAAAGAGAUUGAUGUCUGAUAGAAGAAUUGGUUGUCUUUUGAGUGGCGGAUUAGACUCAUCAUUAGUGACUGCCUUAGUUGUUAAAUUGGCUAAGCAACAGCAAAUUUCUUACAAGAUACAAACCUUUGCUAUUGGUAUGGGAGACUCUCCAGAUUUGGCUGCAGCUAGAAUAGUCGCCGACCAUCUCGGAACAGAACAUCACGAGAUUAAAUUUGACGAAAAUGAUGUUAAGGCUGCCUUAGACGAUGUAAUCUAUCAUUUGGAAUCGUUUGAUAUCACAACAAUAAGAGCAAGUUUGCCCAUGUACCUCCUCUCUAAGUACAUAAAGGAAAAGACUGAUACAACUGUAAUAUUCAGUGGAGAAGGGGCAGAUGAGUUAGCUCAGGGCUACAUUUACUUCAGAGAUGCUCCAUCUGAAGCUGCAGGACACGAGGAGAGUAUACGCUUGCUCUCAGACAUAUAUUUGUAUGAUGGACUGAGAGCUGACAGAACAACCAGUGCCCAGAGCUUAGAACCUCGAGUGCCUUUCUUGGACAUUCAAUUCACCAACCACUACCUCAAUGUAGACGCAAAAUUAAAAACCCCCCAAAAUGGUGUGGAAAAACACUUAUUAAGGCAAAGUUUCGCAAACAGCGGGCUACUACCAGACUCUAUAUUAUGGAGACACAAAGAAGCAUUCAGUGAUGGUGUGGCGUCAGUGAAAAAGUCGCUAUUUACUACAAUCGACGAGAUCAUCAGAGAAAGAUUCUCCAAACAUGAUGAGGAGUACCCUGGAACACAACCAACCACCGUGGAAUCAAAGUACUAUCGCCAUGUGUUUGAAAAGUCUUUUCCUGGACAAUAUAAUUUCACGCCAUACUAUUGGAUGCCAAAAUGGGUCCAAGUGUCAGAUCCAUCUGCAAGAUUUAUUAAACACUAUGCUGCAAAAGAAAAAUUGAACUAUAUUCAAGAAUACAAAAUAUAAUAUUUUUAAAUCAUUUUGAAAAAUGGUCCAUAACUCUUAUUUAACCUUGAGAUUAUUAUACAAAA